AUGAAGGUGAGCUUCGACCGCCUCGACGCCUACCUCUUCCCGGAGGCGGCCGAGACCGAAGAGCAGGAGGAGACGUCCUCGGAGCUCGCGGCGCUCACAGACGCGACCUUCGUCUUCCCCAAAACGGACACGCCGGCCCUCGAGGACGUGACGCUCUGCGUGCGGCCCGGCGAGGUCGUCGCCGUCGUCGGCGCCGUCGGCGCGGGCAAGACGUGCCUGUUGGCCGCGGCGACCGGAGGCGUGUUAUCGAGAACCAAGGGGUCGCGCGCGCUCGGCGGGUCCGUGGCCAUCGCGCCCCAGAAGGCCCUCGUGUUCUCCGCGACGGUGCGGGCCAACGUGCUGCUGAGCCGCCCCUUCGACCGGUCAAGGUACGAGGCCUGCGUCGACGCGUGCGGCCUGCGCGCGGACUUCGAUUUGUGGCAACCCGCGGGCGACCUCACGGAAGUCGGCGAGCGCGGCGUCACGCUGAGCGGCGGCCAGCAGGCGCGCGUGAGCCUGUGCCGCGCCCUGUACGCCCGGCCGGACCUCCUCGUGGCCGACGACCCGCUGUCGGCGUUGGACGUCCGCGUCGCCGCGCACGUCUUCGAG